AUGUCAAACCAAAUAAAUUAAAAUAAGCAAAAAUAAGUAAAAGUUAAAGGUAGUUCUACAUUCCUGCAAAGGUUGUGCUGCUUUUCCUAAAAUAAACAAAUUUCGUCAACUAAAAUAAUUCCUAUUAACCUUGAACAAAAAAUGAAAUAAUUAAACAUUGAAAAAGGUCUGAAUAUCUAAAAAGAGUAAUAAAAAGACUUAGUAAUUUUUGGUAAAUAACGUAGGUUUCCAACAAUUAUAAUCGAAUAAUUUACAAACUCAAUUGAACUCUCUGUGAUCACAGACUAGUCUAAUAAAGAAUUUGAAAAUAUAAAUACUUGCUAAAGUACUCCGAAAUCAAAUUCAAUAGAAAAGUAGUAGCGUAUUUCUUCUCCUAAUCAUUAAGUUUCAAAUAAAAAAUUUGAGCAUAAUGUCUAAUGCAACGCCUUUUCUCAUACAAAUGUAAAUUAGAAUGAAAUAUAAUAAUUCCAAGAUGAGCAAGCAAUCUAUUAAUAGGCUUAUUUAGAAUAUAAAAAUCAUUAAAGCUAAUAGACUAAAAAAAUUGCAGAAUCAUUCAAUAAGUUUCUACUCAAACCAAGUACUAGUCCUAGAGUGCAGCAAUUAGAAAGUUAAUCUUCUACUAAUUGGCAAGAUGCACAAGAGUAAAUGAGCUAAAUAUGCUAGUCUGAUAUUAAUAAAAUAAAAUAAACUAAUCGCCUUAAAGAUAAAAAGGAAGGCAUCGAGAUAAAAUUUUCUGAAAUAGAAGACAAAAUUGAUUACAUGCUAAGCUAGAUAGAAUAAAAAUACUAGCUAUAGGAAUCUUAUUCGCUGCAAGUAAAUUCUGCUAGAUCUCAAUAAUCACUUUGUAAGCAGCAGCAAAUGAAAUUUUAAUAAAAUCAAAAUAGUUUCCUUUCAUAAAGAUCAUAAAAAUCUUGUAUUUCAUAAAAAAUUGAUGAUUCAUUUACCCAAGAAGAAUACGAUGAAAUAAUGAAAGAAAUAAUCAUUGGCUAUCCUAACUAUUUCAAAAGAACUCUCUAGGGUCUUUUGAUAAUCAAAAAAGGAUAGUAAAGUCUAGUAGAAUAAGAAAUAUCAUAAAGAUUAUAAUAAAAAUGGAAAUAAUAAAAAGUUAAGUCAUCUAAUGUAGCUAUAGAGAAAAUAACUCUAUAAAUCCUAGAAGCAAGGAAACUAUUUCUUUAAGAUUCAGCUAGCUUUUGA